CGGGGCCAGAAGUUGGGCCAGGUCCGAGGCGGGCAGGACAGACAGAGCCAGGCGGGGCUGCGAGCCGUCCGAGGCUUUUGCCCCCUUCGCCCUUCCGGGCCUCUUCCGGCUGCUCUGGAGGAUUCCUUGCCCGGUGCCAAAUCUUUCAAGCGCCCCGGGAACUGACCUUCCUGCGCGCCCCAGAAAGACCCCGGGGCCCCAAGAGUCUGAAUUGCUGAGCGUUUGGACAAUCGCUCCCGUUAACAGAAGGCAGAAGAGCGAGCUAUGGGGUCGGCCCAGCUGGAUGAAGCCAACCGAGAGGCGGAGUUCAGCGAAGCCAUCAGCCGGCUCAUGCAGGUCCCCAGCCGGCUAGACGUGGCCGCCGACGAGGACUUUCUCCUCUCUUUCCAGAUGCAGGUCCCUGGAGAGCCUUUGCCGGCAGAAAUGAAGUCUCUCUAUUUCCAACCUCCGGGGGCACAGAAGCAGCCUCGUCCAUAUUUUGACCGACUUUUCCUGGAAUCAGCCCUCCGGAAACCAGUCUUUGGCCAACACAAGUGGCUCAGCUUUGCCUGCCAGCCUGGACCGCAGAAGAAUAAGCAACUGGCGUCUGCGGAGACAAUCUGGGAAGAGGGAAUGUCCGACGAGGCACCUCAGGGGACAGUGGAGAGGAUCCGCCAGAGGGAGAGCAGGCUGGAGCCAGGCCUUCUGCAGCCGUGUCCCAGCUGCCCAGCUUUCUUUGGGGAGGGCAGGAUCUACUCCCCCAGGAAUGUCCUCCGAAUGCUGCGCUUCCUGGGACUGCAACUGUUCCGGCUGCUGUGGGGGCCCAGUGCCCGGGUGGUGAACGUGGUCUCAGAUGGAUCCCAGAAGGAGCCUUGCACCCUGGAGAUUAGGGCGAUGAUGGAGCAGCUGUCCGACCUUUCUCGGCAACUGGGUGCACUGGAAGAGCAAAGUGGGAGUUGGCACCAGAAGGAGCUGUUCCUUUACUCCAUGUUGGUGUCUGCCUGGCUCUUUAACAUGUGGAUGUGGCUCAGGAAGUGACCUGCCCACGGCAGCCACAAGAGGAAAAAGGAAGUGGUGAGCU